UCUGAAAUGAUGAAUGUGUUAUGAUGACGAGAGGAGAUAAACUGUCUCGCCUCAGCUUGUUUUUUUUCUCUUAGGGUCAGGUCUUUUCAUCAGGACGAAGGUGUGCCCUGUACAUGAGAAAAGGUGUUUUCAGGCAGACGGAUCAUCCCCACCCCGACCUCUUUGUUCCUCAGAAACACAAAGCUCACUGUGAGAUGCUCCGCACUUCCUGAGCCCGGUCUCCAGGCGCCAAGGGAGCGGCCUUUUAUCCGAGCAGAACAAAAGGUGCACUUUUUUCUGCACACAAUAUAAAUAUCAUGCAUCCAGAGAGUUGUAGUAAAGAUGAGGGUCUUCGUGUGCUUGUUUCUGCUGUCAGCGCUGGGCUGCGGCCUGGCUGAAGGGAGAGUGGUGUCCAAAUGUGAGCUGAGGCAGCUGUUCAAAGAACUGCCAGUGGGAUCAUGGCCCAAAGGACAGGAAAUGACUGAUAACCUACUGGCUAAGAUUCUCUGCCACGUGGAGAAGGCGUCAGGAUUCAACACCAGUUCUGUGAACCUGCUGACUCCCAGCCGUAAGCAUCAGUCCAGCAGCGAGGAGGAGGAAGAGGAGGAGGAGUGGACCCUCUACGGUCUCUUCCAGCUCAGCGAUCACCUGGUCUGCAGCAGCGGGGCCACGCUGUCUCCAAACCGCAUCUGUGAGGUCUUCUGCAGCGACUUGCUGGAUGACGACAUUCAAGAUGACAUCAGCUGCGUGUUGAAGCUCAUCGGCAAACUCCUUGAGAACGGUUCCAGGUGGAGGCGCAAAGGAGAGUUUAUGAGAAUGGUCAAGCUCCUCUUCCAGCCGGACUGCAACCAUCCGAACCCGGACUACUUCAAUGAAUGCCAGGUGGCCUAAAUAUCCUGGAAUAUUCACCUGUUCCUCAAACGAGAGGUGAAUUAUAGCUCUAAUAAAGUGAAGCAUCAUGAA